AUGGCCUGCUGUGCUACUAGCUUCUGUGGCUUUCCCACAUGCUCCACUGGUGGCACCUGUGGCUCCAGCUGCUGCCAGCCCAGCUGCUGCCAGCCCAGCUGUUGCCAGCCCAGCUGCUCCCAGUCCAGCUGUUGCCAGCCCACAUGCUGUCAGACCAGCUGCUGUGGAACUGGCAGUGGCCAGGAGGGUGGCAGUGGAGGCGUGAGCUGCCGCGUUAGAUGGUGCCGCCCAGACUGCCGCGUGGAAGGCACCUGCCUGCCUCCCUGCUGUGUGGUGAGCAGCACACCCCCAACCUGCUGCCAGCUGCACCAUGCCCAGGCCUCCUGCUGCCGCCCCUCCUACUGUGGACAGUCCUGCUGCCGCCCAGCCUGCUGCUGCUACUGCUGCCCGCCCAGCUGCUCUGAGCCCAGCUGUUGA